GGGGAGGAAGACUGUGUGGACAGCCGGACCGUGUACGUGGGCCACCGCGAGCCCCCGCCGGGUGCUGAGGCCUACAUCCCGCACAGGUGCCCGGACAACAGAAUCGUCUCCUCCAAGUACACAUUUUGGAACUUCAUACCCAAGAACUUAUUUGAACAAUUCAGAAGAAUAGCCAACUUUUAUUUUCUUAUCAUAUUUCUGGUACAGCUGAUUAUCGAUACGCCCACAAGUCCAGUGACAAGCGGCCUGCCGCUGUUCUUUGUCAUCACUGUCACAGCUAUCAAGCAGGGCUACGAGGACUGGCUGCGCCACAAAGCCGACAGCGCCGUGAACCAGUGCCCCGUGCACUUCGUCCAGCACGGACGGCUGGUGCGGAAGCAGAGCCGGAAGCUCAGGGUCGGGGACAUCGUCAUGGUCAAGGAGGACGAGACCUUCCCCUGUGACCUGAUCUUCCUGUCCAGCAGCCGCGCGGACGGGACCUGCCACGUGACCACCGCCAGCCUGGACGGAGAGUCCAGCCACAAGACCCAUUACGCAGUUCAAGACACAAAGGGGUUUCAUACGGAGGAAGAUAUAGAUUCUCUCCACGCCACCAUCGAGUGUGAGCGACCACAGCCCGACCUCUACAAGUUCGUCGGCCGCAUAAAUGUUUACAGCGAUCUGAAUGACCCCGUGGUCAGGCCAUUAGGAUCGGAAAACUUGCUUCUUAGAGGAGCCACGCUAAAGAACACUGAGAAAAUCUUCGGUGUUGCUAUUUACACGGGCAUGGAAACCAAGAUGGCGCUGAAUUAUCAGUCAAAAUCCCAGAAGCGAUCUGCUGUCGAAAAAUCGAUGAAUGUAUUCCUCAUCGUGUACCUCUGCAUCCUAAUCAGCAAAGCGCUCAUUAAUACCGUCAUGAAGUGCGUGUGGCAGAGCGAGCCGUUCCGAGAUGAGCCCUGGUACAACCAGAAGACAGAGGCAGAAAGACAGAGGAACCUGCUCCUCAGAGCCUUCACGGACUUCCUGGCCUUCAUGGUUCUCUUCAACUACAUUAUCCCCGUGUCCAUGUACGUCACCGUGGAGAUGCAGAAGUUCCUCGGCUCCUAUUUCAUCACCUGGGACGAAGAAAUGUUUGACGAGGAAACGGGUGAAGGGCCUCUGGUUAACACCUCGGAUUUAAACGAAGAGCUAGGACAGGUGGAGUACGUGUUCACGGACAAGACGGGCACCCUCACCGAGAACAACAUGGAGUUCAAGGAGUGCUGUGUGGAGGGCCACGUGUACGUGCCGCACGCCGUCUGCAACGGACAGGUGCUCCCCGCCGCCGCCGCCAUCGACAUGAUCGACGCCUCCCCGGGCGCCGGCGGGCGGGAGAGGGAAGAGCUGUUUUUCCGGGCCGUCUGUCUGUGCCACACCAUCCAGGUGAAGGACGACGACGAGGUGGACGGGCCCAGGAAGUCGCCGGAUUCAGGGAAGCGCUGCGCGUACAUCUCGUCCUCGCCUGACGAGGUGGCUCUGGUCGAAGGCAUCCAGAGAUUGGGCUUCACGUACCUGAGGCUGAAGGACAAUUACAUGGAGCUCCGAAACAGGGACAAUGACAUUGAGAGGUUCGAAUUGCUGGAAAUUUUGAGCUUUGACUCAGUAAGAAGGAGAAUGAGUGUAAUUGUCAAAUCUGCUACAGGAGAAAUUUAUCUGUUUUGCAAAGGAGCAGAUUCCUCAAUAUUUCCCCGAGUGGUAGAAGGCAAGGUGGACCAGAUCCGAUCCAGAGUGGAGCGCAACGCAGCGGAGGGGCUUCGGACCUUGUGCGUUGCCUACAAAAGGCUCAUCCAGGAAGAAUACGAAGGCAUCUAUAAGCUGCUGCAGGCCGCCAAAGUGGCGCUUCACGAUCGGGAAAGGAAAUUAGCAGAAGCCUAUGAGCAGAUAGAGAAAGACCUUAUCCUGCUCGGUGCUACGGCCGUGGAGGAUCGGCUGCAGGAGAAGGCGGCCGACACCAUCGAGGCCCUGCAGAAGGCGGGCAUCAAGGUGUGGGUGCUCACGGGUGACAAGAUGGAGACGGCAGCCGCCGCCUGCUACGCCUGCAAGCUCUUCCGCAGGAACACGCAGCUGCUCGAGGUGACCACCAAGAGGCUGGAGGAGCAGAGCCUGCACGACGUGCUCUGCGAGCUGAGCAAGACCGUCCUGCACUGCAGCGCCAGCCUGACCCAGGACAGCUUCUCAGGACUCUCAGCCGAUAUGCAGGACUACGGUUUAAUUAUUGAUGGUGCCGCGCUGUCCUUGAUAAUGAAGCCGCGUGAGGACGGGAGCUCCAGCAACUACCGAGAGCUCUUCCUGGACAUCUGCCGGAACUGCAGCGCCGUGCUCUGCUGCCGGAUGGCGCCCCUGCAGAAGGCCCAGAUUGUUAAAUUAAUCAAAUUUUCAAAAGAGCACCCUAUCACUUUAGCGAUUGGUGACGGCGCAAAUGAUGUCAGCAUGAUCCUAGAGGCCCACGUGGGCAUAGGCAUCAUCGGGAAAGAAGGUCGCCAGGCUGCGAGGAACAGCGACUAUGCGAUACCGAAAUUUAAGCAUUUAAAGAAGAUGCUGCUUGUCCACGGGCACCUUUACUAUAUUCGAAUAUCUGAGCUUGUGCAGUUCUUCUUUUAUAAGAAUGUCUGCUUCAUCUUCCCUCAGUUUUUAUACCAGUUCUUCUGUGGGUUUUCACAACAGAGCCUGUACGACACUGCCUACCUGACGCUGUACAACAUCAGCUUCACGUCCCUCCCCAUCCUGCUGUACAGCCUGAUGGAGCAGCACGUCACCAUGGACACACUCAAGAGGGACCCUGCCCUGUACAGAGACAUCGCCAAGAACGCUCUCCUUCGACGGCGGGUGUUCGUUUACUGGACGUCCUUAGGCGUGUUCGAUGCUCUGGUGUUUUUCUUCGGUGCUUACUUCAUGUUUGAAAACACCACCGUGACCAGCAACGGACAGGUAUCUGGGAACUGGACCUUCGGGACGCUGGUAUUCACGGUGAUGGUGUUUACGGUCACCCUGAAGCUGGCGCUGGACACACACUACUGGACUUGGAUAAACCACUUUGUGAUCUGGGGGUCACUGCUGUUCUACGUCGUCUUUUCCCUCCUCUGGGGAGGAAUUAUCUGGCCGUUCCUCAGUUAUCAAAGGAUGUACUAUGUGUUCAUACAAAUGCUGUCCAGCGGCCCCGCCUGGCUGGCCAUCGUCCUGCUCGUCGCCGUCAGCCUCCUUCCCGACGUCCUCAAGAAAGUGCUGUGCAGGCAGCUGUGGCCCAGCGCCACCGAGAGAGUCCAGAGGAGCUCGAGCCGCCGAGCCCCGGCCGACGCCGCGCCAAGCCCUGACCGGCCUCUCCUGAUGGACCCCGAGCCACGGCCGAGGCGCGAGUAG